GCCCCUACGUGCCUGUCCGCACUUUUCAACAUCCUCAAAGGCCGAGUGAAUCAGAACUUUCUACCCAUCCAUUGUCACAUUUCUGACAUUCCUCGUUUCCCUAUCUGGUAUUCUGAUUAGAAUUCCACCACCGGGAUGGAAUCCAAGAUAAGGUAGCUGACUCAUCGUGAUCAUGGACUCCGCGACUUUCACCGCCCAGGGGAGUUUCCCGCCAUUUUUUUCUUCCUUGAGGUCGUGAAUCCCCAAGUUGUUGUUGGAAGGGAAUUUUUGAGUGUUUACCGGCAAUCAGGAGUCAGUCAGUCAGCGCAGACUGCAUCUUCUUCUGGACUCAAGCUCGGCCCUGAGUCUUCCCCGCAGCCCAUUACGAGUUUCCCCGAGCAUCGGUGGAGCAUACACAGUACAAUUGGUCGAAUUGUGCCGUGAAUUGAGAUCAUAUCAUGGCCUGGCAACUUAAGCUCGCGUCGCACCUGCGGGCAUCUCCGUUGCGAUGCUCAGUUUCCCGGCCGAGUGGUGCAUGGCUGUCGUGCCAUCAUCAGCAUGCCCCGCGCCAUUUCUCCUCGCGGGUAAGCCUAGCCGCGGGAAUCCCCAGAGUCUCCCCGGACUCGACUAUGCAGAGCCAAACGACAUUGGCCCAUACCACCAGACGCACUCUAACCGCGGUUGCCUCCUGUCGUUUGACCUUAGACAACAUCAACCCCAACGUCAAGGCUGCCAAAUAUGCCGUCCGUGGUGAAAUUGCUACCAAGGCGGAGGAAUACCGUGUGAGACUGGCUCAAGGGGACAAGUCGUUGCCCUUCGACAGCGUCAUCUUCGCCAACAUCGGUAACCCGCAGCAGCUGGACCAGAAACCCAUCAGCUUCUUCCGUCAGGUCCUGAGUCUUCUCGAGAACCCCUUGUUGCUGGAAAACCCGGAAUCUCUUCGGACCAACUUUGGCUACCCACAGGACGUCAUCGACCGGACCAAGGUGCUCCUUGCGGACGUUCAGAGCGUCGGUGCUUACAGUCACAGUCAGGGUGCACCUGUCAUUCGAGACAGUGUGGCCAAGUUCAUCGAGCAACGUGACGGGUUCCCGGCUAACCCCCAGGAUCUCUUUUUGACCGCCGGUGCUUCAUCGGGUGUGAGCACGCUCCUGAACGUCAUUUGUGAUGGUCCUUCUGCUGGAGUCCUCGUCCCGAUUCCUCAGUACCCCCUGUACACGGCCACUCUGUCUCUCCUCGACGCACAGUGUGUCCCCUAUCUUUUGGAUGAGCACAAGGCUUGGGGCACUGAUGUGGACGCCAUCAAAGAGAACCUGUCUAAGGCCAAGGCUGCUGGCACUGACGUCCGUGCCAUUGUUGUCAUCAACCCCGGUAACCCAACCGGCGCUUCUCUCAGUGCUGAAGACAUCAAGAGCGUCCUCGAAAUCGCAGCUGAAGAGAGAUUGGUGGUCAUCGCCGAUGAGGUAUAUCAGACGAACGUUUUCUCGGGCGAGUUCAUCUCAUUCAAGAAGAGACUUCGUCAGCUGCAGCAGGAGGUACCUGGCAAGUACGACAACGUGGAGUUGGCCUCCCUACACAGUGUCUCUAAGGGCAUGGUUGGCGAGUGCGGUCACCGCGGUGGCUACUUUGAGCUCGUGGGUUUUGACCCCGAGGUCGCCGCCCAGAUUUACAAAUAUGUCAGCAUCAUGCUUUGCCCGCCAGUCAUCGGCCAGUGUCUGGUUGAAUUGAUGGUGAACCCUCCUACGGAGGGAGAGCCUAGUUACGAGCUGUACCGAAAGGAAUACAACGGCAUCAAGGAUGGCCUGAGAAGCCGUGCCUUGGCUCUCUACGAAGCCUUCCAGAAGAUGGAGGGCGUCGAGUGCCAAGAACCCCAGGGUGCUAUGUACCUUUUCCCUACUAUCAACCUUCCGGCUAAGGCCAUCGAGGCCGCCGCUGCAGAGAACCGGGCUGCAGACGAAUUCUACUGCCUGCAACUGCUCGAUGCCACUGGUAUCUGUGUGGUGCCAGGUUCUGGGUUCGGUCAGAAGGAGAACACUCUACACUUUCGCACGACUUUCUUGGCUCCUGGAACAGACUGGGCUCAGCGGAUUGUGAAAUUCCAUUCUGAAUUCAUGGCCAAGUACAAAUAAGCUGAAAAAUACAUGCUAUAAUGAUAAUUAGACUAUAUCAGAUUUCUCCACUCGGAGUCCUUAAAUUGCACAUACUGUUUGAAAGACUCCUCUUGCGUUGUUGUCGCUUCCAGCCCCUCAAGCUUGAAUUCGUUCAUUUCUAUUCUGGGACGUGCCUCCUUGACACUCGGCGCGCAUCCAUGCCUUUGUAUUAGUAAAGAACUCGCAUCAAUCG